AUCACGGGUGAGUUAGUCAUCUUCUUCGUUAACAAACCCUAAAGUUUGGGGAUUCGCUGCAGAUCCUCAGAAGCGGCGCUGAUCUCUCCGGUAACUCAGAUUUACCAUGGUUGAAGGAAAAGGGUUCCUUGUGAGCUCAAUUACUGAGCUUCACCGGAAAGAGAAACAGAAGAAGAAAGGAAAAUCUGGAGGAUUCGAGUCUCUAAACCUUGGUCCUAAUGUCUUCAAUGCAAUCAAGAAGAAAGGGUACAAAGUUCCUACACCAAUCCAGCGGAAGACGAUGCCGCUCAUCCUCUCCGGCGUCGACGUCGUCGCCAUGGCUCGAACCGGUUCCGGAAAAACCGCAGCUUUUCUUAUCCCUAUGCUUGAGAAGCUCAAGCAACACGUGCCUCAAGGAGGUGUUAGGGCGCUCAUCUUGUCUCCUACUCGUGACUUAGCCGAGCAGACUCUGAAGUUCGCUAAGGAACUCGGAAAGUUUACAGAUCUUCGUGUUACCUUACUGGUUGGUGGUGAUAGCAUGCAAGAGCAGUUUGAAGAGUUGACAAAGAGCCCUGAUGUGAUUAUUGCAACGCCUGGGAGACUUAUGCAUCUUUUGGAGGAGGUAGAUGAUAUGUCACUUAGGACGGUUGAGUAUGUGGUUUUCGAUGAGGCAGACAGUCUGUUUGGUAUGGGUUUUGCCGAGCAGUUGCAUCAGAUCUUAGGUCAGUUAGGUGAGAACAGGCAGACUUUGCUUUUUAGUGCUACCUUACCAAGUGCACUUGCAGAGUUUGCAAAGGCUGGUUUGCGUGAGCCUCAGCUUGUUCGGUUAGAUGUUGAGAACAAGAUUAGCCCGGACUUGAAGCUUUUUUUUUUCCAAUUUCCUUUUGCGAAGUGACAUACAGACAUCCCUGGCCAUCGGAGGUGGCAUUGCAUGAAUCAUAAUCAUCUUAUUUUUCUUCAACGUUCAACAAUACAGAAAAGAGAUGGUGGCUUGAUUAAUAAUAAUGUCAACAAUGUUUU